UUUUUUUUCAUCGCCUCGGUCUUUUCUAGACGCUGCAGUCUCGCGGCCGACGGAACUUCCGGUCUGUCUCCUCGGAAGCUCUCCAGAAGGUUCUGCGCCGCGGAGCGGUGGGUUAUAAGAGCAGCCAGCCAUCUUGUUCAGUGACUCGACCGCCAUGGUUCACGAAACCGGCUUCUACGACCUGCUGGGUGUCGGCCCCAAGUCGUCGCCGGAGGAGAUCAAGAAGGCCUACAGGAAACUGGCCCUGAAGUAUCACCCCGACAAGAACCCCAGUGAGGGGGAGCGGUUCAAGCUUAUAUCUCAAGCAUAUGAGGUGCUGUCAGAUCCAAAGAAGAGAGACUUGUAUGACCAAGGAGGAGAACAGGCGAUCAAAGAGGGAGGCAUGAGCGGAGGAACUUCACCAAUGGACAUGUUCAACAUGUUCUUCGGAGGAGGAGGACGGAUGCAGAGAGAGAGAAGAGGGAAGAAUGUGGUCCACCAGCUUAGUGUUACACUGGAUGAAGUGUACAAUGGCACCACAAGGAAGCUUGGACUCCAGAAGAAUGUCAUUUGUGAAAAAUGCGAUGGUUAUGGAGGUAAGAAAGGUGCCCUGGAGAAGUGCUCAAAUUGCAAAGGAAGAGGAGUACAAAUUAAGGUGCAACAGAUUGGACCAGGCAUGAUUCAGCAGAUCCAAAGCAUGUGUUCCGACUGCCAGGGACAGGGCGAGAAAUUUAGCCCAAAAGACCGCUGCAAGAACUGCAAUGGACAGAAAGUAGAGCGCAAGAAGAAAAUUCUUGAAGUUCACAUUGACAAAGGUAUGAAAGAUGGUCAGAAAAUUACAUUCCACGGAGAAGGUGACCAGGAACCCGGACUGGAGCCUGGGGAUGUGAUCAUUGUGCUCGAUCAGAAGGAGCAUCCCGUUUUCCAGAGACAAGAGGAUAAUUUGACUAUGAAGAUGAACAUCAAACUUGUCGAGGCGCUUUGUGGUUUCAAAAACACCAUUCAAACAUUAGACGAUAGAACGCUCGUCAUCAGCUCACUGCCAGGUGAAGUUAUCAAGCACACUGACAUCAAACGUGUUGCGAAUGAGGGCAUGCCUAUUUACAGAGAUCCCUAUGAAAAGGGACAGCUUUUUAUUCAGUUCCAGGUGGCCUUCCCAGAAAAAGACUGGCUUCCAGAGCAUCUCAUGUUCCAGCUAGAAAGACUGCUUCCUGCCAGGGAGGACGUGAUGAUUACUGAUGAAAUGGAGGAGGUGGAACUCUGUGAGGUGGACGAGCGAACACAGCAGAGAAACUCUGGAGGGGAAGCCUAUGAGGAAGAUGAGGAGGGUCCCAGGGGCGGAGUGCAAUGUCAGACACAGUGAUUCUUGUCAUUGAUACAUGAAUUUGUAGAGCAUGUGGGUGUGUUUGUUUUGGAUUUUUUUGUUUAUCUUUAUUGUAAACAUUUUUUUCUUUGAAGUCGUGUUUUCACAAAGUAAUCCACUGCAAGUUUACAACAGUUACCAAAGCCAUUUUUGUGCUACAUUUCUGGAACACAAAUAUGCAAGUAAAGAACCUGUUUCACAUUCUAUUUGUGCUCCCAAAGUUCUCAAAAGUGAUUUAGGUGUUUUGACCUUAAGUUCUCCAUUUAAGAUCCAUGUCUCUUUUUUUUUUUUAAGUAUGCUUCUGAUGUUUUCUCUUCAUUCAGCAGCUGAAAGGACUACUUGUAUGCUUUCUGUGAAGGUAAUUUCCACGACAAAUCUUUCUGGUUAUUUCUCAAUAAAAGUCCCAGAAUGCUUCA